CUCCAAGCGUUCCACAUUAUCACAUCUCAAGCAGUGAAAGUACCGAGCGAUGGAAUUGUGUCACGUCAUUUGCAGGAAGAAUAAAAGCGCUCAUUUCAUAGUCAUGUUCUAAGUAUUUUGUGCAUUGCUAUGUCUUGAAGUUAAUGAAGUGUACCUCUUACGUGACGAAGUCUCACACUUCUUUCUCCAAAGUCCACCAGCAUGUCUGAGUCCGAGGUUAUCAAAGUUGGCUCUCGCAAGAGCAAGCUAGCAAUGAUUCAGACAAACUUUGUGAUAAACAGGCUGAAAGAACUGCAUCCUCAUUUGAAUUUUGAAAUAGAGUCUAUGGACACCAUUGGUGAUAAAGAACUGCACAAACCCCUGCCGAAAAUAGGUGAAAAAAGUCUCUUCACCGCUGAAUUAGAGAUUGCACUGAAAGAGAAGAGGGUUGAUUUUGCUGUUCAUUCACUGAAAGAUUUACCCACCCUUUUACCGGAAGGUUUAGUUUUAGGAGCUGUAUGUAGGCGAGAAGAUGCAAGAGAUGUUGUUCUCUUAAAUGGAAAGUAUGAAGGCACAAAGCUGAAGGAACUUCCAGAAGGAAGUGUUAUAGGCACAAGUUCACUCAGGAGGACUGCUCAACUUCGCCGCAACUAUCCUCAAUUCACCGUAGAAAAUAUUCGGGGCAAUCUUGAGACAAGAUUUAGAAAAUUGACCUCGGAAGAAAACAGCUAUGCUGCUAUUAUUUUAGCAUCUGCAGGUGUUAAAAGAAUGGGAUGGCUGGAUCGUAUUGGACAGGUCUUAGAUGGAGAGGAAAUGCUUUUCGCUGUUGGGCAGGGAGCUCUUGGAGUUGAGUGUCGUGAAAAUGACCCAAAAACCUUAUCAUUAUUGGAAUCACUGCAUGAUUUUGAAACUGUCUGCUGUGUCAUCGCUGAAAGAAGUUUUCUACGAAAACUAGAAGGAGGUUGUUCGGCCCCUGUUGGUGUUUACUCAAAAUUCAGUAAUAAUACGAUUCAAUUUGUUGGUGCUGUUUGGAGUUUAAAUGGGAAAAAAGAGCUGAAGCUUGAAGAAAAAUUGAAUUUAAAUGAAGCAUGCCCUGACUCUGAUGAAACUGAGGAACCUAAAUCGAAACUUAUGCAUCUGGAGAAAAAAAAUUUUGUUGGAAUCGCUGCUGGAUCAUUUAGUCUAUCAAAGCUUGCAGCUGUCGAAAAUUUUGGCGAAGAAGUCGCAAACAAUUUAAUCAAGCGAGGUGCCUCAGAAAUUAUGAGUGAAGCUAAAGACGAAAUAAAGCGAUCGAUAGCAGUUGGAAAUUCUGGUGAAAAGGUUGUAAAUAAUUUAAUCAAACAUGGUGCCUCCAUAAAUGUUAUCACUACCAAAGACGAAACAAAAUUGUCGACAACCAGUUUGUAAUGUUUAUUUUGUUAUGAGCUUAUCUAAGUAAUUUCAUUGCCAUAAGCGUAGCUAGAAGGCUGGUGCCCCACGAAAAAUGUGAUUGCUUGUAGCCACUUCAUACCGUCAGUCGUACGUGGAUAGUGAAUGGGUUCUUGGUCCCCCACAAAACAUUUACAAUCAUGCUCAUGAUCAUGGCAUGAUUGAAGUGUGGAAAAUGUUAAAAUGUUUCUCUGUACAUAGAGUUGUUAAUCAGUAUCUUCUUUUGUUAUUAAAUUGUUAUGGAUGAAUUUUUGUUGUCCUUCUAAAUAUUUUUGGAAGAUUGAUCUGCUUUCAUGAUCAUACCAAAUAGACAUAAUAUUGACUGUGGUAGUCAUUAUAGCAGUAGUACGGUUAUUUUUACCUCUCAUCAUUUUUUAACUGCUUUCCUUCGUGGUUGUCAGUAGUUUAGCGAUGUUUUAUAGCUUUCACCGCCAUCUUCAAGCUAAAAAUGUACAUUUGCCCCAUCUUGUGGAUGCACGUCAAAUUAAAAAAACUUAUCACUUUCAGUAAAAUCAAAGGCAAAAAAUUAUUAGAAUACUAAAUCACUGAAAGAUUAGCCCAGGAAAGUUAGAAAAUGAGGAUGGCCCAGUCCCUUUUUCUCACGCUGAUCACAACUGUCAUCUUUGAUCCAGCAGCUGGCAUUUCGUUCUUUGUUUCGGCACUAGGUAGGGAGAGGAUCAAUGAUGCGACUUGACUCUCUAGUUCCGAGUUCAACCUGUAAAUUGUUGUUUUGGUUCUCUUUAUCUCCGGUUCUCUGUGGAGGUUCUUUUUUUUAUGCGCAUCUGCAAGACAGAACAAAAUCGUAUUUUUAGUCUGAAGUUAGCUGUAAAAGCAAUAAUGCAUCGCUAAUCUUACCAACAAUCACCAAAGAAAGCUGUUGAAAACAUGACAAAAGGUAAUAAUAGGCAGAUAUUCAGCCACUUGUUUUUAGUGGCUCUUUUUAAAAGUAUUUUUUGUUGAAGUUUUUCCUCUACUUUUUUCUCGCAUUGGAAGAAAAAAGUUAAUAGCAAAUGUUUGUGACUUUGAUUACAGUAAUCUUUUGUUACUUAUGAAGGUCUACCUACUUAAGAAGUUAAUGUAAUUUGAAAUUUAACAAUGCGGUACUAUCCUCCUGUCGGGCCCAAUUCAAACGGUCAAGCAUUUCUUUCAACUUUUCUUCUGCUUUUAGUGAAUGAAAAGUCAAAUCAUGUGAUACUGACACAAGAACACAGCAGUCGGAUGGAAAGUUAAACCGUAUCCGCUGUCACCCUCAAUUAUUUGUUCAACUUUUCAUCCGACAACCAGAGCCAAUCAGAUGGAAAGUUAUACUAAAAUCUUUUGACCGACACUAGCGGAAACUAUAUCUCAGAGAACUGGAAGCUAACUGAAAUACCUGAUUGUCGAUGUAACGAUAUCGCACAACAGUAAUAGAAUCAAAUUUUUGCAUGGUUUUUUUAACUUUCCAUUCACUUUUUCAACUGCUUUUGUUGGAUGAUAAGUGACCAUGUGAAUUGGGCUUCAUAGCCUGCAUGUUUCUUUUACGUCUUCUUCUAUAGGUCUCCGAGAAGAUCAGAUUAGUCGCUGUCACAUUUCAGGAAUCAGCUUCGGCUACAGGAAGUAGUAUUUUAACUCUAUUUCCUGAAAAUGCAAUUUGGCUGUUUUUUUAAAGGAAUGCAGCUUCUUAAUCCCUAAGUUUUUUGUUGAAAAAAGGUAGCACUGUUUACAAUGAGAGAUCAUUAUAAGUGAAUUCAAGACUAUUUUUCUAUGAAGUAGCUAAGAAUAGCGUAGUACCUGACUGAAGCUCAUUUUUUUACCUCCUGAUUAUUUUAAUAAACUUUGUUCCAUAACUGC